ACACAUACAAAUACUCAAAAUGCACCAAAUACAUAAAGGGAGGGGAUAAAUAAAUCAACUAAAUUUAUUACAUGUAUUGCUUUCGAUUUGUGGAACAUCAAUAAAACAAUAUGAUUCGUUAACACUGUAGGCUACCUAGGAGCUUGUUGUUCUUCUAAAAUGAAUCUGUGAGCACAGUUUACAAACCCAUGGGAACAGAUUGCUAAAGCGUUCACGCAGAUUAUGAAUUUGUGGGUACGAAUUAAAAACCGAAGAAACGGUAAGGAGCAAAACCGAAUGCUGGAAAACUGUCGUGGAACAGAGGUAAGUUGGCUGUAGGCUAUAUAUACAUAUUGUGCUUGUUAAGGUGUCAACCUGGUUACCUGUAAUUUUUCUGAGGGCAUAAUUAUAUCCUAACAUCUAUUCAAAUAUUAAUUUAGCUUGAAAUGACAUUAGUGUUUGUCUGUUGAUUAAUGUGCUUCUUCGUUGACCUGAUUGAAAUCAUUAACAAUUGAAUAUUUCUUUGCAUCUCGUACAUUUAUUUUUUUUUUUAGUUUUCACGAUUGACUAAUCAAAAAAUGAAGAAAUGCUUUGUGAAGAACAGGCACUUUUCCACUAACUUUAAUGCAAGCAUCCAAGCAUGAGAAGAAUUCUUACAAUAAAUAAUUAAAUGAUUCCUGUGAACCCCUUAAAUAUCAAAAUAAAAAUUAUAUUCAAUAAAAACUUUCCAAAAGGUCUAAGGAAUCUUCUUUACAGUAUCAAGUUGUCUUUAAAACCUCAUGAAGGAUAAUAAAAAAACGUAAACUAACAAGCAAAGCUGUUUCAUGCUUUUACACGAGUAGCAUUUGACCUGGUUAGUCAGUGUUUGUCUAAAGUGUGUUUAUUGACUUGCACAAUCAUUUAGUUUUGCAUUAUCGUCUUGAAUGAUAACAUGGAUACACACUGAUUCUGUAGCUGUGUGUAUUUAUUUCUUCAUGCAAAUUAAUAUAACUUAAGAAGUCAAGUUGAAUAUUUCUAGUUAAAUUUGUCUCAUAUGGGUUUGGACGAACAUUAAGGACAUUGACGUGUGCUCGGUGCUUCUGGCUGCUGAUUGGCUGGAAUAUUAAUAAACUGCAUCAAUGUAUUGUUCUGAUUGGCUCAAUAAAGAAACAGGCAGGUUCUGCUGACUGACCAGAGACAGCUCAGGAAGCUAGGGUCAGUUUUUGGUGUAGACACCAAACAGAAUUAAUUUCAUCGGGCCAGAGCUGUAGCAAUGCAUCACUUUAUUUCCAUCAUGUUUUCACUGCUAGCCUUUAUUGGGCUGCAGGUGAGCGUUCAGUCCGCAGGAAGACGUUCUGAGAGGAGCAUCGACAGAUCUUUCAUAUCAUUGCUGAGGGUACAAAAUGGGAUGAAGUUUGGUUCGUGGGGUGACAGGGAAUUUUGUCCGAGAGGUACGUACGCCGCAGGUUUCAGUUUAAAGGUGGAAGAACGUACCUAUGGUUUUUGGGAUAACACAGCGCUCAAUGGGAUUCGUCUUCACUGCGUCACUCAGUUCAAAGACUCAAACUCAUCUGAGGAAGACAGUUCCAUUCAGUCCAACACGGGAAGCUGGGGUGAGUGGACAGACAUCAAAUGGUGUCCUUCUGGAUUUUUGAAAGCUUUUCAGCUGAGAGUUGAACCUUACCGAGCAUUUAAAGACGACACGGCCGCAAACAACAUCAGAUUCAACUGCAGUGGAGGGGCUUUUCUGCAGGGUGACGGCAUGGACAGGGGUGAUUGGGGCGACUGGAGCACAGCGUGUCAGGGAAGAGGGAUUUGUGGUAUCGUUACAAAGAUAGAAGAGGAGCAGGGAAUGGGAGACGACACCUCUCUCAAUGACGCGAUGAUGAUCUGCUGCGAUUGAGAGGAUGCAAGAGGAUGACAACAAGACCAGCAAGAAGACCAGAUGGAUUAUAAUAACUGAUCAAAUACUAUAAUAAAUAUACUUGUUUGUGCUAAAGUUGAACUAUUCCAAGUAUACUUAAGUACACUUUAAAUAUCCACUCUUUUAUUUAAUUUUUGAUGCAGAAUUCAUUCUGCAUAAACUUCAAAUGUAUUUUGGUGACAUUACAAUUGCAAUUCAAUUACACUGUAAGAGUGUUGAACAUACAUUAAUAUUAUACUAAUAUAUUUGUAAAUGAAUUGGCUCUUAAUUUAUGUAAGAUACUGUAUAUAACUAUGUACUACAGAAUGAAGACCCACCACACUCAUGGUCUGACGCAAUCAUUACUGUACUUAAUAAAACUGGAAAAGAUCCCACGCAAUGUACGGCUUACAGACCAAUAAGCCUACUAUGUCAAGAUAUGAAACUUUAAUACUGGCAAGCAGAAUCCAAAAACAUUAAAAAACUGAUUAAACCAGA